AUGUAACAUUUUCAGAAAAUCCGAGCAACAUAGCCUAGCAUUAUGAUUCCUUUUCCCCAUGAAAUCUUAUCAUUUAAGCUUUAGUGAUUGAGUUACUUGAUACAUGUGUUGGUGGAAGGUAACUAGUAUCUGUAGAAUUAGUCGAGGUGCAAUGUGGCCUGGGAUUGAAGCUUAGUUUCAAAGUUGUUACUCCAACUGUUAAGACUGUUAUGUUGUUCCCCUUGGGUAUAACUUGUUAGUACUUAAUAUGCUAAAAGGUUUCAACUUUCAACUAUUUAUCUUUUGCAUAGGUUGCUAUUUUUGUUAUGCAAAUAGUUCUUAGCUAUAGUAUUGCUGCAACAUCAGGAGCCGGUGUCAAAUUGUUCGUCCAACGUUGGUUUAGCAAUAUUUGUUAGACAUUAUAUGCUGCCUUCGUCGUGAUGGCUGCAAAAAAAAUAAUUGCAAUGUGUCAAUCUGGUGGAGAAUUUGUGACCAAUAAUGAAGGCGGUUCUUUGAGUUACACGGGAGGGAAUGCACAUGCUGUAGACAUCGAUGAGAAUACGAAUGUGGAUGCCUUUAAGCAAGAACUAACAGACACAUUUAAGUUUAACGUUGAUGGAAUGGCUAUCAAGUAUUUUCUUCCGGGGAAUAAAAAGACACUCAUCACGGUAUCCAAAGAUAAGGACCUACAACGCAUGGUUAACUUCUUCAAGGAUUCUGAGCAAGUAGAAGUCUUUGUAGUUGCAGAAGGAGUUGGUGCACCCAAUGUUUCCAAUAUGCCUGCUAGCAGCAGGACAACUAUGUCAGAGACAGCACUUUCUCCUGCUACCCCUGUGGAUUUGACAAACCCUGACAGUCAGCUUGUGGUUGAUGCACCAGUGGAUACAACACCAUUAGAUAUUCUUCCGAGUAGCAAUGACGACAAGCACCGUAGGGCAGCUACACAGUGGGAAAACACUAUUACUGGUGUGGACCAAAGAUUCAGUAGUUUUACUGAACUUCGUGAAGCCUUACAUAAGUACUCAAUAGCCCAUGGAUUUACAUAUAAAUAUAAGAAGAAUGAUAGUCACAGAGUAACGGUUAAAUGCAAGUCUGAGGGUUGUCCUUGGCGUAUAUAUGCAUCAAGGUUGGCUACCACCCAACUGAUAUGUAUUAAGAAAAUGAAUAGAAACCAUACAUGUGAAGGAGCUGCUGUGAAAGCCGGAUAUCGAGCAACAAGGGGAUGGGUGGGAAAUAUAAUUAAGGAGAAGUUGAAAUUUUCUCCCAAUUACAAGCCAAAGGAUAUCGCCACUGACAUUAAACGUGAAUAUGGCAUUCAUUUGAACUAUUCUCAGGCAUGGCGUGCAAAAGAGAUUGCAAGAGAGCAACUUCAGGGUUCUUAUAAAGAAGCAUACAGUCAGUUACCGUCAUUCUGUGAGAAAAUCAUGGAAACUAAUCCUGGUAGUCUUGCUACAUUUGCCACAAAGGAGGACUCGAGUUUUCACCGGCUAUUUGUCUCCUUUCAUGCUUCAAUAAAUGGCUUUCAACAGGGCUGCCGCCCUCUUCUUUUCCUUGAUAGCACUGUUCUCUAUGCAAAAUAUCAAGGAACCCUGUUGGCUGCCGUGGGUGUUGAUGGGAAUGAUGGUGUCUUUCCAGUAGCUUUUGCAGUUGUAGAUGAAGAGACAGAUGACAAUUGGCAUUGGUUUCUUUCUGAACUUAAAUCUGCUGUCUCAACCUCUCGACCAAUAACAUUUGUUUCUGCUUUCCAGAAUGGUAUAAAUGAGUCAUUGUCUGAUAUAUUCAGCAAAGAUUGCUAUCAUGGUUAUUGUCUUCGGUACCUUGGUGAGAAAUUAUAUAAGGAUCUGCAUGGGAGGUUUUCACAUGAAGCAAGGCGUCUUUUGAUCCAAGAUUUAUAUGCUGCUGCUUAUGCUCCAAAAGUGGAGGAUUUUGAGCGCUGUGUUGAGAACAUAAAGGCCAUCUCACCUGAUGCUUACAGUUGGGUCGUACAAAGUGAUCCUGAACAUUGGGCAAAUGCCCUUUUUGGUGGGGCAAGGUAUGACCACAUGACUACUAACUUUGGACAACUUUUUCGUGAUUGGGUAUCCGAUGUGAGUGAGUUUCCAAUUACUCAGAUGGUUGAUGCCUUGCGAGGGAGGAUGAUGGAACUGAAUUAUACAAGGCGUGUUGAUUCUAGUCAUUGGCUUACAGGACUGACACCUUCUAUGGAAGAAAAGCUUCAAGAUGAGACGUCAAAGGCAAUAUCACUUCAGGUAUUACACUCACAUGGGAGCACAUUUGAGGUCCGUGGUGAAGCCGUUGAUAUAGUUGAUAUUGAUAAUUGGAACUGCACCUGCAAAGCAUGGCAGCUUAAUGGGUUGCCUUGCUGCCAUGCUAUUGCUGUUCUCGAACGUCUAGGAAGGAGCCCAUAUGAAUAUUGCUCCAGAUACUUCACAACUGAGAGCUAUCAUUUGACAUACUCAGAAUCAAUCAACCCAAUACCCCUUCUGGAAAAACCCGUGAUAGCUGAAGUAGACAUGGAAAUCUUGGUCAGCCCUCCUCCAACCAAACGUCCACCUGGCCGACCAAAGAUGAAACAACCGGAUACAGUUGAUAUACUUAAACGUCAACUUCAGUGUAGCAAGUGCAAGGGCCUGGGCCACAAUAAGAAGACGUGCGAGAAGGUAAAUAAAAUUGAUGGAUCUGAUCCGCUACUUCUUACUGGACCGGUGGUAGCUGAAGAACCUGAAGUCACUGCAUGAUAUUUGGUAUCUUCUCCUCCUAUGUAUAUAAGAAAGUCUUUCGUCAAGUUUAGAUACUAGUCUUUGAUGCCUUUUGGGAGAGAAGUGGAUGGGGUAUAUCUUUUAGGUAGACUUUUGUAUACUAAAUGGAAUAGAGUGAAAUGGGCAGUUUCAAUUCGUAUAGCCAACCGUGACUUGCUUGAGAUGAAGGCGUAGUAGUUGUUGUUGUUUGUAAUUCAGACUAUGCAACUAGAAUGAUGGUGGUAGUUAUAAGAGCAGGAUCAAAGGAUAUUUUCAAGUGUCCGACCAUAGCUUUCUCGAGUAUCUGUCUUGCAGGAUAGACAACAGAUUGCCAUAAACAAAUCGAAAGUGUUUGUUUGGAUGGGCAUAAUAUGAUGCUCUAAGGGCAUUGUGAUAUUGAAAAGUGAUUGAAUGAUUCAAAGAGUUUGCUCCCAUUCUAUCAGCAGUAGAAAUAUACUUCAAAAAUGUAUAGGGAUUCAAGUAUCUCUGCAUAUUUUCAUGUGUUAGUACCUUGCUUUGAAUGUUGUCAAUGUUAUUAUUGUGAGAUUAUUAUAAUAUGAUAGGUAGAAUAGAAACAGGGAUAAUGUAUUUCUGGCUAAGCCUAUUUGCUUCAAAAUUAAUG